UUACUCGCGCAUUCAUAGUGGUGCCAGUGCCAGUGGUUCCGGUACUGCCUCAAACCAUGGCUCGCCUCCAGGUGAUAGAACGCACCCUUAACGACUACGGCCAAACGCAUCUGCUCUCCUUCUGGAAAGAACUAGAUCCUGAACACCAGGAAGCGCUCCUGCGCCAGCUGCAAUGUAUUGACUUUAAAGAAGCCAACAGGUUGUUUACUAGAGCGCAACAAGCUGCUAAGGAGGAAGUUGCAAAGUUAGAUGACAGGAUAAAACCCAUACCGCCAGAGCUGUUUGAAGCCAUGGACAAGAUGGAUACUUCUGUCCUGGAAAGCUACAGGAAACUUGGACUUAAGGAGAUCUCCGAAGGACACGUAGCUGUGCUUCUACUUUCAGGAGGACAAGGCACUAGACUUGGAGUGGAGUAUCCCAAAGGAAUGUAUUCAGUAGGGCUUCCUUCAGGCAAAACGUUGUUCCAAAUACAAGCUGAACGUAUUCGAAGACUUUGCAACCUUGCCAAACAAGAAACUGGAAAGUCCGGGAAGAUAUGCUGGUAUAUAAUGACGAACAAUACAACCACUGAGGUCAUCUCAAAGUUUCUUGAAGAUCACAAAUAUUUUGGGCUCAACCAGCAAGACGUCAGGCUGUUUGAACAAGGGAUGAUACCUUGUUUUGACUUCGACGGUAAACUCAUCUUGGAUCAAAAGCAUAUUGUGACCUUGAGCCCAGAUGGUAAUGGCGGAGUUUAUAGGGCUUUGAAGGAAAGUGGAAUGCUUGAAGACAUGAAAUCAAGAGGGGUGAAGUAUGUUCAUGGACAUAGUGUUGAUAACAUUCUUAUCAAGGUAGCUGAUCCAGUGUUUGUCGGUUACUGCGUGAGUAAGCAAGCUGAUUGUGGAGCGAAAGUUGUAAGCAAAAAUGGACCAAACGAAGCUGUAGGAGUUGUGUGUCAGGUUGACGGGAAGUUUCAAGUUGUGGAGUAUAGCGAAAUCACAGAAAAAACCGCGAAUCUACGUGACAAAUCCGGAAAUCUAGUGUUCAACGCUGGUAACAUUUGCAACCACUUCUUCACCACAGAGUUCCUUGAACGAGUAGCAAACGAGCACGAUGCUGACAUUAAGCUCCACAUAGCUAAGAAAAAAGUGCCUUACGUUAACGACAAGGGUAUAAGAGUGAAACCAACAGAACCAAACGGCAUCAAGAUAGAGAAAUUCAUUUUCGAUGUCUUCCCCUACAGCAGAAAAUUCGUCACACUGGAAGUGCCGCGGUCUAGCGAGUUCAGUGCCCUGAAGAAUGCAGAUGAUGCAGGCAAAGACUGUCCGUCUACCUCUAGAAGUGACUUAUUGGCUCUUCAUAAGUUGUACAUUGAAAGUGCGGAUGGUAAAGUGCAGGAUGCAGAUGUAGAAAUAUCUCCUUUACUAUCGUAUGCUGGUGAGAAUUUGGAAACGAAAGUGAAAGGAAAAACCUUCACUACGCAAACUGUUUUAAUAUCAGAUGCAGAAAAAGAAGAAUCGAUUAGAAUGAAUAACGGUGUUUAACCUGUAGUGCAUAUACCUACUUGGUUUUGUAUAAAACACUUCCAUGUGAUUUCACAUGUGACAAUAACGUUUGUUUAGGGUUAGCCACUGCCUUUUGUAUAGUAUUUAAGAUACAUUGAUCUUAAGCUUUCUAUUUUAGCAUAAGACUGUGAUGUGAUUGCUUUGUUUUCUUCGAAUCACAAUAUUUUUAUUAUUUGUGAGUUAUUUAAUCUAAGAGAAAGCUGAAUGAAUUCAAUAUGCAGGACUAUAUAAAUCCGGCUGGAAAAAUAAUAGUUCCAGAAAUCAUAUGAUGUUCACUAAAUUUCCGUUAUAUAACAGAAGACUAAUUUGAAAGUCUUCGAUUUUUAUGUUGUUUUACUGUGGAAAAUACGAAUUAUUACGAACAAUUCCAGUAUCUUGCUUGACAUUCCAUAUAUCUAAUAUUGGAGAGGGAGCAAUUUUUAUGAGAGAACGCACUAAUGUGCAAUACUUAAAAUAUUCUACGUACUAUAAUAAUCAUCUCAUCGCCCAUUUUUUGCCACUGUUUUCUGAAAAUUUCCUCAAUUCAUAACAGUUUGUUUUAAUACGCCUAACAUUGAUGUGAUGUUUCCUUAUCUUGAUAUACCUAAUCUAAGCGUAUUUAGUUAAUUUAUAGAGUCUUAGAACAAAGUUGCUAUUAUUUUUUUUUAACAUUUUGUACAGUUAAUUUAUUAGUACUAGAUUACGUACAAAUUCUUGAGAUUCCUAGAAAGUAUUAGUAGCCGUCCUGCAACAUUGCAAUGCAAAUGUUGGUGAUUGUUGCAAAAUUACAUAAUAAAUCGAUUUUCUUAUAACGGUGUCUAAUAUCGACGUCUAUUGCUGCGCCCCACAAAUUAAGUUAGAUGUAAUCAGAAGGCCUUUGUCCUCCUUCAAAUACUUGCUUGAUGAUGACUGUACUUUCUACUAUUAUAAUGACCAUACCAAACAUACACACAAACGCUAGAUUUUACUUAUAUAACUAUACAAAAAUAGCGCUUGUGCAAUGGAAAAUUGGCGUUUGAAUAGUUCUUCUAUAACUUCAGCAAUUUUGUUAGUCGACAGUAGUUACUUCUCGUUUAUUUCAUAGUGUACACCAAAAUUAAAGCUAUGAUUUAAACCAUUUCACGAAUUUAAUAACACUAAUAAUAAUGUUUAUUGGAGCACUUAUACAAAAUACAGAUAAAUAUAAAUAAAACAACACUCCAAAAGGCUGAGGAUUGGUAUUGCCAUUUCUCACUGUCGUCUACAGCAAUUGCAAAGAGAAUCAUGAACUUAAAACCUUUAUAUAGUCAUCAGUGUUUCAUCUUAUCUCCUAUUUUGCAUAGAGUAAUGUUAUAAAAUUGAGGUACCAAUGUAAAAAAAUACAAUAUUAAAUCACUGAUUAAUAAUAUGUAGCUUCAGAGGUUUGUAACUGGAGAAGCUCCUUCUUGAAUUCUUUUUUAAAAUUAUGACUGGAAGUAGUUUGGAAAAAUCCUAAAUAUUUAUUUAACAAAGGAGGUGCUUUGUUAGUGAAAUCUUUUUGAAUUCAGAUGUUGCAUGGUCUGGAAUAUUAUAAGAAUAAUCGUUUGUUAGAAAAACAAGGCGAACAGAUGAUCUCUUCUAAAAUACUAUACAGAUAAUUUGGAGGCUUUAUACAACAGAGCAUCAUAAAAAAGCAAUGAACAGUAUAAUAUUUUAAAAUACCUAUCUUUUCUCACAUAGUAACCAGUGAUGUGUUCUUGUCUACCUAUAUCGUUAUAACAAAAUCUUAUGCAACGAUUUAAAAUUUUAAUUUUUUGUUUCAUUUCCUCGGUAAGGAAGUUAUAAUAAACUGUGACACCAUAAUCCAAAUAAGUAAGAAUCAAUGAGCUUACAAGUAUUAGUUUACACUUGUCAAUAUGCUUGUAUCUCCAAAGCGUUUUAUAUUUAUAACAUAAUUUGAGUUUCGAAACUUUUUUGCAUCUAAUAGUAUUUUUGUUUCCUCCUCAGUUUGAAUAACGGUACCAUCUAAAAGUAUAAUAUUUAUUCGCCAAAAUAUAAAACUGUUUAAAAAUGGGCAGAUAAAUAUGAAAGAUCCAGAGAAGGCAUCGCCUGUGUGUGAAUAACAGCUUACUAACUAAC